AGCACAACGCAUUGCACCACCCCGAAUAACCUCAAUCAUGGACAUCGAUCGUGACGAUCCGCAUGGCAAUUAUACCGAUGGAAAUCGCGCCUUCUUGCAAGCCUUUAUGGCGCGCGGCCAAUUGUCAUUGAAUGACAGCAAGCAAAUCCUAGCUGCCAUUUUCUCCAUCCAAGAAAGUCCGUUUGGGCCCCUCCGACCCCUCUUGGGAACCUUGACUGACAACAGCUGUAGACAGAGAAGUCAGCCAUGAAGAUGUAACGGAAGAGGACUUCAAAUCCUACAUGUCUGCAGCGGCCGAUGCACUUUCCCCUCUCGAUUACGAAAUUCGAAGUACCAAAGAUCAGGUCACGAAAGCCAGGGUUUAUGCCAUCGUCAACAGUAUUAGCGAUCCUCUUACGCAGAUGGCCACAACGAGAACAACAGAGGAAAUGCUUUACGUAAAGCGUCUGCUGGAUGCCAUGUUUGAGACCUACAACACGCCGCGACGAGAGGUGAUGGCCAUCACAGGUAUACAAGCGCUCGAGAAGAAGGUUCUCAAAGGAUCGACCAGAGCUAGUGAGGCCGAAGAAGCCGUUUCCAAUACGGACAAAGGCCUAACUGGAGGAGAAGCCGAGAAAUUGUUGGCGAAAUUAGUUACUGAGAAAUGGUUGGAGAGAAGUGCGCAGGGCUUCUACAGACUCUCUUCCCGAGCACUCAUGGAACUGCGAAGCUGGCUGUUAGACGCUUACAAUGAGGAAACAGACGAUCCAGAUGAAUGGCAGCGAAUCAAAUUCUGCGAAGCCUGCAAGGACAUCAUCACCGUUGGUCAAAGGUGUGCUAGGGUGGAUUGCAAUGUUAGGCUUCACGACAUCUGCGAAGCCGCGUACUGGAAUUCUAGACCCAACAAACAGUGUCCGAAGUGUAACACAGCGUGGGACGGUGAACAUUUUGUCGGGCAACGGGCGAUCACUAGCACGGAGGAAUACUUGAGGGGCAAGAGAAGAAGUGGUAUUAGUGCAAACAACAAGGCAAGUAGUAGUCGGGGGAGGAGGACACAGCAAGUAGUAGAGGAAGAAGAGGAAGAGGAAGAGGAGCAAGAAGAUGUUGAGAUGGAUGACGAGGAAGAGGAAGAGGCUGAAGAAGACGAUGAAGAAUGAUGGUUGGGUCUCGGACGGCGUUUGCAUAGUAUUUACUCCAGAAUUUACGGCGGUCAUAUCAAAAAGGCGUUUGGGGAAAUGGCAGCAUGAUAUCUUUGGUAGGAACCCGCACAGUAGCUGGGGGCGGACUUGAAUGUGGAUUCUACCAACAAUUUUUCAAAACCCCAGAUUUCAAGGAUCAUUUUUAACUUUACAAAACGUGGGUCGACCGGGAAGAUCGGAUUCCAACAAGACGGUACGGAGUUGGAGUGCGGUAUCGAGGAUGGAUCUGUUUCUUCCCUUCUUCGCAUGAUUCUAUUCAUAGUCGUGUUACUUGUUUGACUUUCGGUAUAAUUUACCGGUAGCGAUUUAAAGCAUCACCAGCCUCAAAACUCAGGGCUUGAAGUUCCUCUCUCACACCGAUGCUUAUCUCAAGACGCCUAUCUCUCCC